AUGGCAUCCUCGCUCGAUCGCCAGCAGCAGAUGGGCCCACAGAUGUCGGGUCCAAAGCGCCACGCCAACCAUCCGGAUCGCUACGAUCAUCCACCCAUGCCACACCAUCUCUCCCAGGAUGUUUAUCAGAACGGACCAGGCUACCCGCCUGGACCAUCCUAUCCUCCCCGUGGAGACCCAGGCCGUCCACCUCCUGGAUAUCACCGCCCACCCUCGCCACCGCCCAUGUCCCAUCGCGACCCCCGCGCUGGCAUGGGUCCACCCGGCCCCAAUGGUCCUCCACCGCCCGGCAUGAUGGGCAUGCCUCCCAACGACCGCUACGGCAUGCCACCUUACCGUCCUAGCCCAGGUCCCCAUCCGCCAUCGCCAUCCUGGCAGAAUCAGCAGCUCUAUCCCGGUCCUCCACAACCUGGCGCAUCCCCGUUGCCCGCACACCUGCACCAGCCUGGCUACAACGUUGUUCCUCCUCAGCACCGCGGAUCACCUCACAUGGCUCCUCAUAUGCCUCUUCCACCACCUCAUCACGCAGGUGGACCACCUCUUCCGCCUCACAGUGUAGCUGGAGGUCCAGCCAGCGCCAUCUCGAAAUCCCACGCCAAGCAUCUUGCAUCACCGGCUUCCGCCAGCCGCAAGUCACCAAAGCCAUCGGGCAAGACAAGUCGUAAAGAGAAGAAAGAAAAGGACGCUGCUGCGUCCGGGUCUGCGACCAUGGCUAAGGAUCCAAGCACAGACACGACCGCAUCCAAGCGCGGCGCUACCAAAGCUGUCAAGGUUGCAGCUGCAAUUGCUAACGACGCUGCUAGCUCCGCCAAUGCUGCUGCAAACGCCUGUGCUUCCCAGGCCGGUCCUGACCUGGCAGGUGCGCCCACCGAGAGCAAGAAGGACAAGAAGCGCAAGGAAGUCAUCGACCGUAUCCACCGCAUCCACUUUGAAACCAUCGAGAACCGCGAAUCACUAUACCAAGAGCUCUAUCACGCACUCACCUCUUCCUACUCGACACUCCUCUGCAAUCCAGCGCGAUCUCGACACUACACGCUCGAGCUCACACGUCUCACUUUGCAGCGCGAUGCUGCUUUGCGAGAGACGGCUUUGCUGCACGCACACCAGCUCGAAUCGGCUCGUCUCGCAUACGAGAACGAGAAGCACAAGGUGGACGAAGAAGCUCGUCUUGCCAAGCGCGGUGCCCGCGAGAAGCUCCUCGCUGUCGUCGAGGCGACCAAGAAGCGAUUGCAGGAGGAGAAGGAAGGCGGCGAUGUAGCAGUGGAUGCCUUCUUCGACAGUGCUCAGCGACCACACACUACACGAAAGUUGCGCAACAAGGCAACCAGCAGAAGAGGAGGCAGUGGUGGCGGCAACGACGAUGAUAGCGACGCACCCCCUGGUGGACAUGCACGUGCCAAUGGACAUGGCGGUUCAUCAGGGACGGGAAUUGCAAGUGGGCUGCAAGAGCUCAUUGCGCUAUCUGGCUUCGGUUCUGACGAGGUCGGCAAUCGCGGCAGUCGACUUGGUCUCACUUCUGGCCUCGAUCUCGGUGGUCUCGGUCUAUCGUUUGGCGGUGGCGGAGACUUGCUCUCAGGUGCUGGCAUGGGCGAUAGCAGCUACAUGGGCGGUAGCGGUGGUGGCCGCAACCUCGGUGUUAUUGGCGGAGCCAACGGUACUGUCGGCGGUGUCAAAGGGAGCAGCAAGAAGAAGGGUGCUUCCAAGGCGGCGGCGGCAGCAGCGGCGGCGGCGGCAUCUGCUGCUGCAGCACGUGAGGCUUCUGCUACUGGCGGCGACGAUGAGGACUCGAACAGCAGAGUAGCAGCAGCAGCAGCAGCAGCAGCGGCGGCAGCGGCUGCCGCCGCCGCUGCAGUCGUGACAACGUCGGGAGGCAGGUUGAGAUGGGAUGCAGGCAAGUCGCUCAACCAGCUCACACCAGCCAAGGACUUUGAGAUCGAGUCGGAUUUGAUCAAUAUUCGCAAGACCAACGGCAAGCGUGCUCGUCGCAAGUGA